AUGGCUUUUAGGGGGAUCCUUAAUGGGACCAACAACAACAAAGAAGUGGCAAGGAUUCAGCCAGCUUCCGAAAUGAUACAGCAAGAUGGGUUCAAGGAUGCAGUCAAUCGCCAGGAUAUUGAUCUUUUUGUGCUUAUUGGACACAACCCCGUCAAACCUGGAAUCCCCAAGCGUGAAAGCAGCUUCCCGAUUCUAAUGGAAAGCGCAACUGGAUCCCGACGCAUGUUAAAUACCCCGAUCGGACUCAAUGUGACCAAAGGAAUUAUCAACAGUGAUAACAGUCUCAAUUUAACCUUUAUGUACGGCUGCGUGCCACGGACACAAUAUAUAUCAUGCAAACCGUUCGGCGACGAGGGCAACAUAUAUACACCGUGGUACAGAUGCUGCUACUGCGACUGUGGGGCCAGUCGGUACGACCUAGUCCAGGGCCCAUUUACUGUGGAUGAAGCCUAUAUCCCCUGCCCCACGAAUACCUUCAAAUUCAUCGCUGACGCUCCUUACUCGCUGGCUUCGAAAGUCCUCAACCCCUCACCUCGCAUCGAGACUGGGCUUCUCAAGCCAAAAAAAAAUCUCCUUCGCGUACUUGAAAAGGAUACCUUAACCCCGGGAUAUACAAUCUGCGAUAAUGUUGCUACCGCUGCGCUUCCACCAGUCGGUCAACCAGACAAGGUGGAUCGUAUUUUCUCUGAUUUUUUUGGUGGGAGGAUUGUUGCGGCGUUGAAUUCCACAAAUCCGCCGAAGAAUUACACAACGGACGACACUCAUCUUUAUCUCCCCGAGUUUACAACAAAUAGCUUCAUACCCACUUAUGCCUCUAUGGCCUCGCAAGAUAAAAACGGUGACUGUCCGAUUGGGGGAUUAAUGAGACGGUGUUUGGAUUGA